UUGUCACUUGGAAUUAAUGUUCUUUGCAUUUUAGAUCGGCCCGAUAGCGUUUAUUUCAACGUCUGGGACUCCUCAACAGUCGAUUAUAAAGGUGCUGAGAGUAAAGUUGAAUAUCACAACGCCCCUGUUUUAGCAAAAUCGGACAAAAUUUUGCCAGAGGUCUCAAAUUCAAAACCAUCUCUUAAAAGUUCCACCACCACCACUACUUCAGAUGCGGGUGCUAAAGAACCACCUGUUGAUAAUGAGAUACAGCUGCCGAAGCGUUGCCGGAACACGAGCUCGUCAUCUUCUUCAAGUGAUGAAAGCACUGAAGAUGAAGGAGUUACCCUUGAAUCGUCGGUUGACGAGUGUACGAAAGAGGCUAACGCUUCUAUACCCCUCGACGGAGCUGGUGAAGCUGAAGUCACUGACUCUUCGCCGAGUGAUGUCAUUUUACCAUCUUCAGGCAUUAUUGAAGAGGCAUCUAACACCAAGCCAAAGAGCAAACCCGAUACUACUACCGAACCGGGAAUCCAGUACCUGGACGCGGAGAACUUGGACUUUUCACUUCGGCAGCGCCCUGCUAAUGGCGCGCCUCUAGUACCUCCUAAACCAAUCCAUUUGCGUCGAAAUGCUCCAAAAGAGGCGAAUUCAGAAGGAGCAUCGACGAACACAGCGACUAAACCGUCAACUUCUAUCAAUGAAGACCCUAACCCUAACGGCUACUCUGAACUCGAUGUUCGAAGAACAAAUGCCCUUUUCGUAGUUACUAAAAAGAUGUUUGGCGAAGACGAUGACACUGCUUAA